AUGCUAAGCCAAGCCGUCCCAGUUUCAGGAUAUACGGCAGGCGCCGAAGAAGCCGAGGACUGGCAGCAGGUGAGCAGCAGCCGGAAAAACCGAAGAAGGCCUAACGAAGACUUUGGUCAGUCGGAAUCCUUCUUUAGCAGCUCAUUCAACGACAGUCUUGGACGUGUGCACAUAGAACAGCCAGAGCCAUUCUUGCGCACGACUCCAUGGAGCGGUUUCAAUGCAUCGGCAGUGCCCUUUCAGCAAAACCCGCAGUUCGCGGCGGCGAGGCAGCACCCAGAAGUGCCACAGCGGCCUGCGAGGCGGUGUGGAAGGGUUCUUUUAUCCAGUUAUGCCAAUCCCCGACAGCGAUGUCGGGAAGGUCAGGAUCAUGGGGGACGCCCUCCCCACACUUCGUACACAGGACAGGAUGUUCAGAGGCAAGCUCCAACGAGUUGCCCAAGGCGUCCGCCACGCCGGCCGGUUCCAGAGGACCGCUGCGAAGGGCCUGUGGACGACCGGAAAGUGCGCGUGAAAAACCUCACGCUGCGAACAACGGAGGAGCAGAUCAGACAGGCAUUUAAUGAUGCCAUCCCUCAGCAGUUUACUAUCCAAGAAGCAAAGCUGGCCAUGGAUGCCAACGCUUUCCCCAAAGGCUUUGCAUUCGUGACGUUCAACACUCCCGAUGCAGCUGUCUAUGUGCGCCAGAUCACGAUCGUACUGGAUGGCAAGCCCUGUCUUAUCGUCCCUUAUAGGUCGAGAGAGGACGUUGGAAAGCAGGCCCUCUCGGCAGGCUGUGGGCCAGAUUCCGGGAGGGUAGACCUGCGCGCGCGGGUCAACGAGUUUGUGAACCGUUACGAGCUCCCCAAAGAUCUCCGGGAGCUCUUUACGAAGUGCAAGGCCGAGUGUGCCGCUCGAGCUGUAAGCAAGUUGGAGGCCCGUGCUCUCGACGGCCAGACCCCUGCAAAGAUAGCAGAAAUCGUGAAGGCUGAGCUCAUCGACGCAAAGAGACAUGAGUUGCCACGGUGCGUGCAGCUGAAGGCAGACAGGUGGGUGGCGAAACUGAGCAUCGACCCAACCAGCAAGCGGCAGGUCAUGGACUACUUCCAUGACCGAAGCGCCGAGGAAGUGGAUUAUGUUGUCGAUGAAGAAGGAGACUACUUCGAGAGAGGGCUGCCCCGACAACGAGACCCAGUCCAGUGGCUGUCAGGCGAAGUUAAAAAGCACAUGCAGAGGAAAGUUCAGAAACUGACUGACGACUUCUGCCACAAGUUCCGGCUUGAUGAGGACGUGGUGGACCGCCUCAACAAGCUGAAUGAAAUAGGGCAGAGGAAUGUCAUGAAGAAGUGGGAGUGUGCCGGAAAUAGGUGGGAAGCCGAGCAAAGGCUACGAGCCCUGAUUGACGACGAAGAGAGGUACAGGCAGAGGCAGCAGUCCAAGCCCUGGCCCAGCAAGGGACCCGUCGCGGACAAGAAAAAGAUCGAGGAGGACAGCUCUUCCUCGGAAGACGAGAAAGACAUCACUACCAAGAACGGGAUGGCGGACAAGCUCGUCCAAGAAGGCCGAUUCCAAGUAACACUGCGAGAGCCAGAGCUCGCGGCUGAGCGCCUUUAUGAGCUGUGCGACACCGACGGUGCUUGGGGGCCGCCCCAGGGUCACUUCAACUGCUGGCUGCUGGGCGACCGCCUGCUCUGCAGGAUUGGUUGCGCAAGUCGCGACAGGCUGGCUGUGCAGAGACGCUCUUCGGUGAUUUGUUUUCCUUUGCGUCUCAAGCCUCCAGUGUUCCGUGCUGCAGCUGUCACUCCACAUGUCACUGGACAGGAGAAGAGGAUCCAGGAAUACGAGGCCUGUGCCUGUUUCAACUGCAUGGGUUGCUCCCCGCAUGUCCCUGCUGCCGUGGUGUAUGAUGGUGCCGACGCGCCGUCCAACGCGUUUUUACAGUCGCUGGUUGCUGGCCAGGAUGGGGACGAGGCCAAUCCGUAUUCGACAUUAGCAUGGACGACCACAGCAUCGAGGGAUGUAUCGCUCUGUUUGAAUGCAAUUUCUGGCCCCGUUCGGCACAGGGAAGAGGUGAUAAGCGACGAAAGUAUGUUUGCUGAGCAUUUGCAGCUUGAUCUGUCUGGAUCCAUGAUGCUGGAUGACUGCUCCUCGGCGACGGGAGAGACCGUGACGCGGCUAGACGCCGUCAUGGAGCAGUGCAGAAGCUUCAUGAAGGAGUCCAGCCUCAACAGCGACGACGUGUACUCAUUCCUCACUUUCAAUGAAGAGUACGAGAUGCACUUCACAGGCCUGCCUAUGCAGGAGGCCCAAGUUCGCUUGAGAAACAGCAAGCCCAAGGCGGAGAAGCAGACUCUCUAUUCUCAAGGCCUGGAGGGUGUGCGGCGUGCCAUCAAGCAAGAGAGCAGUGGCAAGCCUGCCCUGGUCAUUUUCUUUUCGGACGGAGAGCCGACAGAUGAUGGUGCUUUUAUGCAGGUCCUCAACAAGAUAAAGAACAAGUUCGACAGUCUUGGCAUGAAGUUCUACACGGCGGGCUGUGGGAAGGGCGAGAAGUUCGAGCACCUUCAGCAGAUGGCAAACAUCAGUGUCUUGCUCAGUGGAGUCCUUGCGACCAUCGCGCACUGGUUCCAGGUCCAGGGCCCGGCGACAGCACAAGAUCUGGCUGAAGCCCUGAACCUGGUCCAUGAUCACUUCGCAGCGCUUCAGGCCAUCAUCCAAAACAAGCGCUUCUUCCUGCGGCCCGACCUCAAGCCGGAGAUUGUGAUCGACGAGGAGGCAGAUGUGUCGCCUCAAUCCCUGGCAAUGCUGGGUGCCGAGGAGGCUUCGAAUGGCAUUGCUCCGACUUGGCAGGAGUGCGAGGGCCGGCUGCUGUGGCGAGCAAGGGUCUUGCGCGAGGGCUGGCUUCUGCUGACCUUCCACCACGCCAUCGUGGAUGAGCGGAGCAUCUGGAUGCUGAUGCGCGAGCUUGUCUCUAUUUUGUCUGGCCGCCAGCGCUCAUCUCCGAAGAUUGCCUUGGAUCUCCGACUGUCGGAGCUUCUUGAUCAACCGUCUUCACGGUUCACUAGACUCAUGGAGCAACGGCAAGGCGGCCGACUUCCUGGCAAGGCCGUAGGGCGCUUGGCAGAUCUGGUGCCACUGGGGUCUCCUCGACGAAAGCUUAAGCCCAGGGAAGGCAAGGAGUGGCCAAAGCCAGAUGGCUUGGCGCCGUGGCAAUGUCGAAAGACACGCUCCCAGGUUGCCUCGGUCCCUAUUGCCGGGAAGCUGCGGGCGAUUUGCAGGGAGCGAAAGCUGACGGUCAACACCGCCUUGUUGGCCAGCUUGGCCAUAUCCCUGCGCAAGCAGAUGAGCGGGGACGGGAAGGUGGGCAUGCGCCCCAUCCUUGCCAUUGAUGCACGGAUGCACGUUCCUGAUGGCCAGGAUUUGUUCGGCUCUUACUCAUUGGGGGCUCGAUUUCGAAGCGGAUGGGGGACAUUGGACGUCGGCACAGACACAAAUUUUUGGGAUUUGGCUGCAUGCGCCAAGAAUGCUGUCGAGGAUGCAGGGAAGAAGUUGGAAGCCCACAACAUCGCUUGGUACAUGCGUUUCCUAACUGCUGCUAUGGGAAAGAAGGAUGUCGCAUGGCUGCAGGGUGCCCUGGACCUGGACGGCCCAGAUCAGGGCCGGACGAAUGCUUUUCUUGUCAGCAAUGCUGGCAUCCUGCCCGAGUUAGACUCUGGUGACUUCAAGGUUGUACAAUCGCACUUCGUAUCGCAUCAGGCUGCUUGGGGACCCUUCGUGUGGUUAAACGUCAUGACUCUGGAGGAGAACAUGUUCCUUACCCUCUGCUACGUUGACCCCUUGUUAUGUGAUGAGAAGGCGGCAGACCUCCUGGCGCUGAUCGUUUCAAGCCUGGAAGCAGCUUGUGCUCCGCUUGAUGGGAGCAAGAAGAUUUUGCAAAACAGCUUGAGUGAUCUGCCCGUUCCGCAGGAAUACAAGGAAGUCUGCGUAUGA